AUGACUGACGACAAGAAGGAUCCGCAGACUGCCACGUCUGAGCAGGGGAAUGAUUUGGAGCUGACCAUCACUACCAAAGAAGGUCUUGUCAUCGACGCUCCUGUACAACAUGGCGGCGAGCUCAAGCGCAAUCUCGCGCAGAGGCAUCUGCUCAUGCUUGCCGUUGGUGGUGUGAUUGGCCCCGGAUACUUCGUUGGAAUGGGCAAUGGGCUUUCCUCGGCGGGUCCAGCGGGUCUGCUCAUCUGCUUCAGUAUAGUCGGAACAUUGCUAUAUGCCGUGAUGCAGUCCAUUGGAGAAUUGGACAAUCUGGGCCUCGUUCUGACUUUCUGGGAUACCGCCAUGCCGCGAUGGGGCUGGAUCAUGGUCUUCUGGGUCAUAUUCAUGGCUUUCACCUUCCUUGGUGUAAAGUCUUUUGGAGAGGCAGAAUUUUGGCUUGCUUCCAUCAAAGUUCUGUUCAUACUGAUCUUCUUCAUCUGCGCCAUCCUCAUAUCGACUGGAGUGAUUGGAGGCGAAAAGAUCGGAUUCAAGUUCUACCGUGAUCCCGGACCGUUCGCCGACGGCGUCAAAGGUGUUUUCAAGAUUUUUGUCUUCGCCGCUCUCCAGUAUUCUGGCACCGAGAUGGUUGGUCUGACUGCGGGAGAGUCUGCGAACCCCAGCAAAGACGUGCCCAAGGCGGUGAAGAGCGUGGUUUGGCGAAUCGUGGUCAUAUUCCUGGGAGGUAUCUUUUUCCUCACCAUCACUGUGCCAUUCAAUGAUCCCAACCUUCUCAAUGCCGCCAACAAGACGGCACGCUCGCCAUUCGUCAUCGCCUUCACUCGGGUUGGCGUCAAUGCAGGCGCUCACGCAGUGAACGCAGUGAUUGUCAUUACCAUUCUCUCUGCGGUCAACGCCGCACUUUACGUGGGAUCCAGAACGCUGUACGGCCUCGCUGUGGAGAAACAAGCACCCAGAAUCUUCGCCAUGACCAAUUCGAGGGGUGUGCCCGUUUAUGCGUACGUCUUCAUGAACACAGUCGGAUUUCUGUCAUUGCUCAACCUUGCCUCGGGAGCGGGCCAGUUUUACACCUGGGUCGUCAGCAUGACCGGCGUCGCGACGUUUAUCACUUGUAAGCACAUCCUUCCUAGUCGUACCGCAUCGCUAACCAAGCUCGUCAGGGGGCUGCAUCUGCCUCUGCCACAUUCGCAUGCGGCAGGCGCUUAGUAAGCAAGGCAUCUCCACCGAUGUCCUGCCCUUUUGUGCACCUGGA